GACCUAUCGUCGUAUAUUCACGUGCUGUUCGUAGGGCUGUUUACGCCAUAUCGCAGCCACUGAUUUACUGCUGUUUGGAGUCUGAAGCGUGCAUUUUGGCUUCGAGAAGAUGAUGAGUGCAUAACAAAUAGUGGACUUUUUUUAAUGUUCAUGUUCAGUUGCAAAUCCCUUGUUUGGAAGUGAGGUGACACCCACUGCAGCUAUGGGUGUAAUUGAUCCUUGUACACACAGGCAGCUUUUCAAACUGAAAAUGGUAAGUCUCUUGUAUGUUUGAUCUAGUGCUGUUGAACAUGCUGCUACAGCAAGUGCAACAGAUGCUUAUUCUAGCCUUGUGAAAGGUAAAUAUUUGCUAUAAUCUUGAAGAAUCUCAAUUAUUACUUUGUUGAAUUUAUUGAAGAUGGGAUAGAUCUCAAGUUUGUUUCCAUUUUCAGAUCUUUUUCAUCCAUGUGAGGUGUCAUUCAAGUUUUUAUGGAUGUUUCUCAUGGUAUGUUCCUUUCAAUAUACAGUUAUUAGUGCCAAUUAAGGGCUAAUUAUAGU